AUGGAACAUUGUUUCAAGAAGGGGGAAAAUCUCUACGAAAAGAAGGAGCUCACAGAUGCAGGCUAUCGAUAUGCGCUUGAUGACCAGAACCAGCUCGACGUUCCGUAAGUCUGACACGCGUCGUUGGCACGUCGUGUGCAAGACAUGAGGUCACGGAUGAUGAGGACGAUAGUGACUCGGUGGCGAAGAAGUCGGCGCCAUUAUCAUUCCGCCACAUCUUCCCAACGUACAGGACGUCCAAUCAAGUGCAGGGUCCGGGCCCGACUCCGGGGUGCGGACGAGAGGGCCAAGCGCGACACGAUCUGUGGCCUCUGCAAAAGGCCCGGACACGAGUUACGCGAUAG